GACAAAGAUUCGACAUUUGCAGCCGGCGAAAUCAAUGUGUAGCACAUCUGAAUGAGUGUCAGUCACCCACAGAAAAACGCAUCUCUCGCUACACGAUCCACACAUAGAGACAUCACACACAUGACAUGCAGUGAGUGCAUUGCAGUCCUUCAUGCAAGCAACCAAGGCAGCGAUCGCAUCUCUCUCCCAUCCGUCAGCCCACCCACCGCACCCCGUCGCUCACGCACCCACGAAGGCCCAACGGCAAAAAAAUACGCGCAAAACUGAGCACUCUCUCUCGCCGAACGCACACGCGGUCAAGCUGCUGUCUACGCUGCAGCAGGCACGGCCUCCACCUUUUUCUGAACACACAGACACACACACACACACCAAGGGUGAAACGUCGCUUCCUCUCUAGUGCGUUCGUCCGGUACGUCCGUCCUCACCAGAAGUUCCUCGACGGUCUCGCCCUGGAUCUUCUCGUACACCUCCCUGAUCUUAAGGGCGCAGAGGGUCUGGAGGAAUCCGGUGCCGUUGAGGCUACCGGGGGCGUCCUUGACCUUCUCCAUCGCACUCACCACCUCGGCGCUGCUCUUCUCGCCCGCGUUGACCAGGAACUUCUCAAUCGCUGCCAGAGAGGACACGUCGUCGUACUCGCCGUCCAUCUCCAACACACGGGCAGGCUGCAGUGGAUGGAUUGCGAUCAGUCAACACACACAGGGGCUGAGUGUGUGGCUGACUGAGUGUGUGGCUGGGCGGGUAGCUCACGUGUCCGAACCAAUCUUCAGAGUACUGCUUGAUCUUCAGACCUGCACACGCACACACCACAGACCACAACACAAAACAGCACACAGGUCCAUCCAUCCAUCCAUCCCCUCUCCCUCUCUAUGAGCCUGACCAAUGGUGGAUUGCGGCACAGAUGUCUUGGAGGGUGCGAAUCCGUCGACGUCAGCGCCGCUCUCGAACAGCUCGACGGGCGUGAAGUUCUCGACGCCCAGCCGCUGGAUAAGCCGCACCUUGAGGUACUUGCCCUUGGGGUCAUCCACCAGGGAGCUCGGCAGCACCUGGAUCACUAUAUCGGCCUCCUUCUUCUGGGGCUCAACGUAGGCGGCGAAAUCGGGCUUCCGCGACUCGAUCGACUGCCACGGGAGAGGGAGAGGGGGGGGGGUGUAUGGGGUGGGGUGGUUGUGUGUGCCUCUCCACCGACUGACCUUUUGGAUGGAUUCGAGUGAGUGUCCUCUCUCCUCCAUGUCACGCUGGAUUUUCCAGGCGAACUUGACGUCGUCAGUGAUGUCCAGAUACACGCUGAAGUCUACCAGAUCCCUACACACACACGCGCAUUGAUUGCAUUCACACGAACAGACGCAAUCCAUAAUGCAGAGCCAUCCCAUCCAUGUGGUAAUUCAAUUGUCCUGUUUGCAAUUGUGCUGUGUUGCUUUGCAAACCGUCGCUUACUUGACUCGCGAGUCGUAGAUGGGGUGGAGGCCCUCCACAAUAAAGAUGGGCGACGGCUCAAUCGUCUCAGCGGGAUCCAGCUCACCUGCACAGGCAGACAGAGAUCCGUCUGUGCGCAUCUGUCCGUGUGUGGCUAUCUAGGUAUCCAUUCACACCCACCCGUGAUGUGGUUGUAGAUGGGUUUCUCGACGGUGGUUCCCUCCUUGAUGGCCUUGACCUGCUCGUACAUGAGGUCGAAGUUGUUGGCCUUGGGGUCCAGCGCUGACAGGCCCGUCUCGGCCCUCCCCUUCCUGUCCAGCGAGUGGUAGUCGUCCAGACAGAUAAUGGUCGCAAUGUCAGACACAAGCGUGUUGGUCUCGCGACCGAUGGGCAGCAGACCGACGUUCUUGCCGCCAAAGAUCUGCAGAGCCACACACGAGAGCGGAUAAUCCAUGGUCAAAGAUCUAUCACUCUCGCCACACCUGAGUGACCCUCCUCAUGAAGGUUGACUUGCCGCACCCCGAGUCAGCCGCCACACCGAUCACCACCGGCUUCUCGCCAGGCGGCAGGGACAUCCUCGGCCCAUCAUAGACGCCAUACCCCGAACGCGGCGAUGACUCACCCACAAGCGUCACGGGGUUGACGAACGAGUUAUCGAGCCUCUUGCUGAGAGCAUUGGCUGCCUUGGGAGGGGUCAGCACGGGUGCUGCGAAUCCGGUGGAUGGGCUCUGUUUGGAUGAGCGGAGGGUGGCCGCGAUGGCAGAGCACACACACAGGGACAGCACCACGCACACCAGGCUCUUCAUUCUGCAGACAACGCGUGCGGCACAAGGGGAG